AUGGCAUUUGUGAGGCACGAGAUUACGUUUGUCUUCUCUCUGUGGGGUUUCCUCUUCUAUGUAGUGACCCCUCACCUGAGGGCAGACGCACCAGAGAGAAGCCAGUACCUCUGGAAAACAGGUGUAUGGGGUGUAUGUGUUGCCAGUGACUGUGGUUCUGUUGGGAUCCAGAGUCGCUCAAUAUGGUGUGUCCACUCUGAAGGCUGGAUCACACAUCAGUCCAAUUGCUUUCCAUCUGAGCGGCCUGCACACCAGCGGGUGUGUGUGAAGACGUGCGAGUGGCAGAAGGAUCUGUUUGAAUGGCACUCGUCUCCUUGGGGUCCCUGUAGUCUGACUCUUCUGCCGCCAGCCGAUCGAUGUGUGACCGCUCAGCGUGGAAUACAAACCAGAGAUGUGGUGUGCAUGCAGCGUUCGAACGGCAGUACGGUCAGCCAGCACGUGUGCAAAGUGUUUUCUUCUCCACCGGAGCGAGAGCAGGCAUGUUUAUUGCCCUGCCCGAUCGACUGUGUCGUCUCCGCCUUUUCCCAUUGGUCGACCUGCAGUCGCACCUGUGGCUCGGCCCUCCAGCAGCGCACCAGACACGUGCUGGCCACACCCCUUUAUGGAGGAGCAGACUGUCCCGACCUCACUCAGACACGCCCCUGUAACCAUGACAACUCUUAUUCCGCCCUCUGUCCCUCUGACCAGCAGGAAUACAGUUACAGUUUGUGGGUGGGGCCCUGGAGCCCUUGCAGACUUAAAGGGACAGCACCCAUUGGAAAGACAACAGUGGACUUUAGUUUUGGCCUUGAUGGGAAUAAAGCUUCAUACACGAUCAAACGCCACACUGACAGUGUUCACCACCAAAAUCACUAUGAUGACAAAAGAGGCCACAAGGCAUCAUGGGAAAUCACCAUUGGCUAUCAAACACGGCAACUUCGGUGUACAAGGAGUGAUGGGAAGAAUGCAAUGCUCAGCCUUUGCGACCAUGACAACAGACCGGUGAACUUUCGGUCAUGUGUGAUGCCCAGAGACUGCACAGUGUCUGAUUGGUCACAUUGGAGUCCUUGCUCAAAGACCUGCCGAACAUCUGACCAAUCACCUGGCUUCAGAAGCAGGAGCCGCAUCCUGCAGAGAACAGCCAUUGGUGGAGGGGAGCCAUGCCCUACCCUGCUGGAAAAAGCAAGCUGUAAUAUUUUGGAAGAAACGCUGCCGCUUUGCUCAAGGUAUGAGUGGAGAGUGACCUAUUGGAAUCCAUGUCAGGUGACCCCCCUUUUGAGUCAGCAGGACCAUCGCCAUAGCAAUACCAGUGUCCUGUGCGGAGGAGGGAUCCAGACCCGAGAGGCAUUUUGUGUCAGGAUCCAUGACAGCACAACUCCAUCCCAUAUCAAUAGGCCUGUUUGGAGGAACUUGUGCACGGCGCCUUUACCGUCAUUGGCUCAAUCUUGCUUCAUCCCCUGCCGGAAGCAUUGUCCCCUCACACCUUGGUCACCCUGGGGACCUUGUCUCCAUGACAACUGUUUAGAACCUCAAGGGAGGAGAGGUUUCAGGAUAAGAACUCGUUCAGUUAUUGAGGAGUCUUGGGUGGAGUCUGACAGUUGCCCUCACAUCAUUGAAGCCAUGAUCUGCGAUAAUCCCAUCUGUGCCUUGUGGCGAGUGACAUCACAGGGGUCAUGUGUGCAUCACAAUGGAUCCUGUGGCCCUGGAACCCAAGAACAGACUGUGGAGUGUUUCUCUGUCACAGGUGAGCCGGUGCCCAGUGAACGAUGCCCAGGAGAUCCUCCUCCAGCCCAGCAGCCGUGUGAGAGGCCCUGCACUGGAGACUGUGUGCUGGCAGACUGGAGCUCUUGGUCUCUCUGUUCCCAGUUCUGCUCCAGUAAACAAUUGGAGGGAUACCAGAGCCGCUCGCGGACAAUUCUGGCUCUCCCUGCGGCGCAGGGCAAGCCGUGUCCUCCAGCCCCUGAGCUGGAGCAGUGGAGACCCUGUGGCACGCAUCUGUGCACAGUAUACUACUGGGAUACUUCACCCUGGGAGACUUGUAUGCCAAACUCCAUCACAGACGAGGGUAACAGCACAGCCCAGAUGGGAAACAAGUCCACAUGCGGUACAGGGGUACAGACGCGUCAAAUCACCUGCAGGAGAGCUGGGAAUGGACAUGUAGUACCAAAAAGGUGUCCAGAGUCCUCUCGUCCUGACUCCAUCCGCUCUUGUCCUCUCCCUUGCAAGACUGACUGUGUUGUUACACCUUUUAGUGAAUGGAGCCACUGUCCAACUUCCUGUUUACAAGUGAAUGGUUCUGCAGCAGUCCAGUCCCGACACAGGAUUAUCAUCCAGAGGCCUGCUAAUGGAGGUCAAGAGUGUCCAGACACACUUUAUGAGGAGAGAGAAUGUGACCCGCUCCCUCUCUGUCCGACUUACAGAUGGCAGACGCAUCGCUGGCAUCAGUGUGUUCUGGUACCUGAUUGGGUGAGACAGGCUGUGGGCGGGCCCUCAGAGGCUUGUGGAAUUGGCUUAGAGACGAGAGAGGUGACGUGUGUUGGUGUGGAUGAUUCUCCAGCAGAUAUGGCCGACUGUGUGAGGUGGGCAGGUGUGAUGCCCAUCCAGGUGAGAGAGUGUCGGGUGCCAUGUAGAGAUGAAUGUACUUUCACUUCCUGGAGCAGAUUCACCCAGUGCCAGGGCUGCGGAAGCUGGCGCACUCGUACACGAUCACUGAUAGGUCGCAGUAAGAAACGCUGGCGUUGUCAACAAGAAGAGUUGUUUCCUCUCCUGGAGAAAGAGGCCUGUCCUUGUGAUGAGUUUCACUUGCAGUCUCAGGGUGUUUGGUCCUCUUGUCUUCUCACAACAGCAGAGAACAAGGCUUUGCAUCCUCUGGUUCAAGGAGUAUACCACCAGGACUGGCAAACCCAUAGGAGGAAGAGCGAGUGUGGGCACGGGAAGCGCUACAGAGCCCUGGCCUGUCUGGACCAUCAGGGACGAUUAGUGGAGCCAGCGCUCUGUAACAGCCCAGGUUAUGAAGAGGAAGUCUGUCAUGUGCCCUGUUCUACAGACUGUAGGCUGAGUGAGUGGUCUGAUUGGUCGGCCUGCAGCGCCUCCUGUGGUGGGGGUGUAAAAGUUCGUUCUCAGUGGCUACAAGAAAAACCUUUCAAUGGAGGACGACCCUGCCCGAAACUCAAUUACAAAAAUCAGGCUCAGGUGUCAGAGGUGCUGCCCUGUUACUCAGACUGCGGUCAGUAUGUGUGGGAGCUGGAGUCCUGGUCUGUAUGCUUCAUAAACUCUCCAAACAAUAACACUACUACAACUAACACUACACCCACCCUGCCCGCCUGUGGAGAGGGCUUCCGCACUCGAAAAAUCCGAUGUGUGAAGAGGGGAGGGCUGCACCAGGAUGAGAGCGUUGAUGACUCUCUGUGUGACCAGGAGGAACAGCCAAUCACAGCUGAGACCUGUCUACUGCCAUGCCCCGCCCACUGUGUGACAUCAGAGUGGAGCCAAUGGACCAAAUGUACCGUGGAUUGUAAUGACAAUGAUUUGAGAUGGAGGAGUAGAAAUGUGUUGAGAUGGCCAGAAGGGAAACAUACCUGCCCUGAUCUAAACCAGACUCAACCCUGUUUCAGCAUGAAAUGUCGCAAAUACUCAUACAUUUACUCAGACUGGAGUAGCUGUCAGCUCAGUGAGUAUGCAGUAUGCGGCAGAGGAAUCAAGACGCGACUCUUGAACUGUGUCCGUAGCGACGGGAAGCUGGUGGAACUGAGCAUGUGUGAAGAGUUGGGUCCAUCACGUGGAAAGCUCUCUGCCCCCUGUGAGGUGGGCUGUCCCGUCAACUGUCUGCUCACGGAGUGGUCCACCUGGUCAGAAUGCUCACACACCUGCGGAAGCCAAAGUCACAUGACGCGGUCCAGGGUUGUUGUGCAGUCUGCAGGAGAGGGAGGUCGUCCCUGUCCAUCACAGCUCUCCCAAACACGCCCCUGUCCCAUCAGGCCUUGCUACAGCUGGAGGCUGGGCGACUGGAGCUCAUGCAGAGUGGAGGGGGCCGACUGUGGUGAGAGUGUAAGUCAGAGGGAAAUGUCCUGUAUGGUGCACUGGGGUUCUCUCUCAGGUCCUCCUCAGCCUCUUCCUGUCGAGGACAAAUGGUGUUUGUGGAAUCCACUGAGUAAAGUCAGUGAAACGGAGUUACGACAGCCCUGUACGGUCCCCUGUCCAGGCGAAUGUCACCUGACCAAAUGGUCACCAUGGAGUUCUUGUCAGCUGCUAUGUCUUGAUGGGCGGAGUUUCGAGACGUGGGGUCGACAGGCGCGCUCUCGAGCCGUAGUCACACAGGCCCCGGAGAACCAGGACACCUGUCCCAGCCAGGUGUACGAGACACGCUCAUGCCAAGGAGGAACCUGUGUUAGUUACAGAUGGAUGAGUAGUGAAUGGAGGCAUAACCACAGACUGGUGUGGUGCCAGCGCUCUGAUGGAGUCAACGUCACAGGAGGAUGUGUCGCCCAAAACAGGCCCUCUGCUGUACGACGGUGCCAUCCUCCCUGCACCAAACCCUUCUCUUUCUGCACACAGAGUGGAGUGUGUGCUUGUGAGAAGGAGUUCACAGAGGUCAUGACCUCUCAUGGUUUCCUGGACUACUGUACCAGAUCCCCAGGGUUGGACCAUAAGAAGGCAGACGUGAAGACCAGCGCUGGGCGUCUCCGGCCGGAACACAUUCAGAACAAGAAUCAGCUGAAGGAUUGGACACUGCAGCCUCUUGGAGCUGAUGGGCGUGUGAAGCUGUGGGUGUACGGGCUGAUGGCGGCCGGCUUCAUCUUGAUUCUCCUCCUAAUCAUUAUGACCUUCUUACUGUGCAAGAACCCAGAGGACAAUCCCAGCAGUAGUCAUCAGAAAGCCUUGACUCUGACUUAUGAUGGGGACAUGGACAUGUGAACUCUGUCUCAUACUGUGUGUGCAAUACUGAUGCAUGCUUCAUACAGACGCCUGGCAGCAUGAAUGUUUACAGCACACAAACUGAACAAGACAAAGAGCCGGAGCAGAAACGCUGUUGACUGAUGAUUAGAAAGACUGAACAUGACUCUUAAGGAGCUGCACACUGGAAGAUUGUCAUAUGACUGAAAAAGAGUGUGACCUAAUAUGGUGUGAGUGUGUAAAUGUCUUUUCAUGCGUGUCUAUUAAUCAGAGUUUGUUAAUGACAGUUAUUAGUUACAGUUAUGGGGAAACUGUUCUAAUGUUUAUGAUCCCUUAAAAGGGAAGUGUAGGUGAUGCACUACAUUAGUGCCAACUUAAAUGCCAUUUUUAUGUAUUUAUUUAUGUUCUAAAACUCUCUCUACCCCUUAGCCCCUUAGAGGACACCAAAAAACCUACAAAAUGUACCAUGGUUUUACAUUAACAAUUAUGGUAUUUGGAGUAAAACCAUAAUAAUGAUAAUAAUACAGGAAAACAAAAACGAUAUGGUAAUUUUACUCCUUUAAGUAUCGUUAGUUUAAGUAUACUGUAGUAAAUGAAAAUUAACCAUGGUUAUACUACAUUAACCAUAGCCUUACCAUGGUAUUUGUAGUGAAACCAUAGUAACCACAAGAUUAACAAAUGUUACUACAGUACUGUAGUAAAACAGGGUUACUGUAUGCAUUCAAAAUAUAUUUUAGCCUUUUUGUUUUUUUAAGAUUUACGCAUUUCAAUUUCAUAACAAAGU